CUCCGUACCCUCCCCCACUCCCCACCGCUGCCGGCCGGCCGGAUCACCGUGCGUGGAUAGCGCCGCCGCCUCCUUCCCCGCGCGCUGAUCCUACCAUGCUGAGGCGCUCCGCCCUGUACCGACCCCCCUGGGCCGCCGCACCGCUCCUCCACGGCCUCCCCUUCGUCGCCGUCUUCUCCUUCCUCUUCAUCCCCACAUAAGCUCGCCGUCUCGCCAACCCGCUCUUCCCUCGCACCCGCUCCACGGGACCGAUCCAUCCAUCCAUCCAUCCCACGAUGAGCGAGGAGGAGGCGCAGCGGUACGGCGGGAGCGCCGGCGGCGGCGGCGGCGGGAUCGGGUCGCUCUCCGUGGAUCUGCUGGGCCAGGUGCUGGACCGCGUGCCGGAGCCGCGGGACCGCAAGGCGUGCCGCCUCGUGAGCCGCGCCUUCGCGCGCGCCGAGGCCGCGCACCGCCGCGCGCUGCGGGUGCUGCGCCGCGAGCCGCUCCCGCGCCUGCUGCGCGCCUUCCCGGCGCUCGACCGCCUCGACCUCUCCGCCUGCGCGUCCCUCGACGACGCGUCCCUCGCGGCGGCCCUCGCCGGCGCCGACCUCGGCACCGUCCGCCAGGUCUGCCUGGCGCGGGCCAGCGGGGUCGGCUGGCGCGGGCUCGACGCCCUCGUCGCCGCCUGCCCCAGGCUCGAGGCCGUCGACCUCUCGCACUGCGUCGGCGCCGGCGACAGGGAGGCCGCCGCGCUGGCCGCCGCCGCCGGGCUCAAGGAGCUCAACCUGGAGAAGUGCCUCGGCGUCACCGACAUGGGCCUCGCCAAGGUCGCCGUCGGAUGCCCCAGGCUCCAGAAGCUCAGCUUCAAGUGGUGCCGUGAGAUCUCCGACAUCGGCGUCGAUCUGCUUGCCAAGAAGUGCCGCGAACUCCGCAGCCUUGACAUCUCCUACCUAAAGGUGAGCAAUGAAUCCCUUAGAUCAAUAUCGACUCUUGAGAAGCUAGAGGAUUUGGCCAUGGUCUGUUGCCCAUGUAUAGAUGAUGAAGGCCUUAAAUUGCUAAGCACAGGGAGUAAUUCACUGCAGAGUGUUGAUGUGUCAAGAUGUAAUCAUGUGACUUCCGAGGGCUUAGCUUCACUCAUAGAUGGUCACAACUCUCUCCAGAAGAUAAGUGCUGCAGACAGUUUGCAUGAGAUUGGACAGUGUUUUCUAUCCAAGUUAGCAACACUGAAGGCAACAUUGACUGUGUUGAGACUUGAUGGCUUUGAAGUCUCAUCCUCUCUUCUUUCAGCGAUUGGUGAAAAUUGUAUCAACUUGGUUGAGAUUGGACUUAGCAAAUGCAACGGUGUUACAGAUGAGGGCAUCUCUUCGCUUGUAGUUCGCUGUAGCUACCUAAGGACAAUUGAUCUCACAUGCUGUAAUCUCCUCACAAACAAUGCCCUUGAAUCAAUAGCUGACAACUGUAAGAUGCUUGAAUGCCUCUGGCUAGAGUCCUCCACUUCAGUAAGUGAGAAAGGACUAGAGAGAAUUGCAACAUCUUGCCCCAAUCUUAAGGAGAUAGAUCUCACUGACUGUGGAGUGAAUGAUGCAGCGUUGCAGCAUUUGGCUAAGUGCUCUGAACUACUAAUAUUGAAGUUGGGCCUGUGCUCAAGUAUUUCUGACAAAGGUCUCCGUUUUAUUGGUUCAAACUGUGGAAAGAUUGUAGAACUGGACCUCUAUCGCUGCAGUUCUAUCACUGAUGAUGGGCUGGCAGCUUUAGCCGAUGGAUGCAAGAAGAUUAAGCUGCUGAACUUGUGCUACUGCAACAAGAUAACUGAUAGUGGUUUGAGCCACCUGGGCUCUCUGGAGGAGCUCACAAAUCUAGAGCUGAGGUGUCUGGUCCGCAUUACAGGUAUCGGAAUUUCCUCGGUUGCCAUUGGUUGCAAGAGCCUGAUAGAACUUGACUUGAAGCGCUGCUAUUCCGUCGAUGACUCUGGCCUAUGGGCUCUUGCCCGAUAUGCUUUAAAUCUUAGACAGCUUACUAUAUCAUAUUGCCCGGUUACUGGUUUGGGCUUAUGCCACCUGCUCAGCUCCCUGAGGUGCCUCCAGGACAUGAAGAUGGUGCACCUCUCAUGGGUCUCCAUAGAAGGGUUUGAGAUGGCGCUGAGAGCCGCAUGUGGGAGGUUGAAGAAGCUGAAGAUGCUCAGCGGGUUGAAGUCUAUACUGUCCCCUGAACUGCUCCAACUGUUGCAGGCCUGUGGCUGCCGCAUCCGCUGGGUCAACAAGCCUCUCGUCUACAAGGAUGCCAUAUGAUAUGAACCCUGAGUCUGCGGAGUGUUAAUAUCCAUCCGUUCUCAAGUUUGUUCUGGUUAUAUAGCCAUGUCAGAUAAUCCACAAUAACGUCAUGGUUUGUGAAUGCUCAGCUCUCAGAUGUGACCAAGAUGGUACUUGUGUUCAGUACUAUCUUGGCAUUCAUCGAUGGUAGAGUGAUCUACUUGUGAUAUAUUGGUUGACAAAAUUUCUGUAUAAUUCGGAAUGACAGGAAUCUGAAGAAUAUCUGAUGUUUUUGUUGUUA